AUGCCUCCACUACCAAGUCAGAAAGGCACUGGCAAGAAGGGUCGUGAUGCUCGUCAAAGCCGCAGUCGUAACUCUACCCCAAUCUUGGGCGGCACCGCCGUUACCAGCUCCAUUUCUCAAUCCGAAAUUGGCGAAACCUCUCUCCUCGAACUCCCCAGAAGCGCUUUCCCCAUAUGCGAAGAGGUCUUGGGUUCUGAUAUAGGCCCUGCAAUCCCAAGUUCCAGGGAUCUGGAGGCGAUAUCCGACAAACUUCAAAAACUCGUGCACGCAAUCGAGACGCGCGGUUCUACAUCAGAUCGUGGCAUGAGGCUGCUUGCGCUCAUGAAAAAGGAGCGAUUGCAGGAAGAUCAGCAAGAACGUCGGGAUGAGGAGCGUAAGGAGAGGCAAAAACGGGAUGCGGCCGACGAAGAGGAACGAGGGAGACACAAGGCCGCCAAGGUGAAGAAACGGAAAGAGAUGAGUACAUCAAGGGAAGAACGACCGCUCACUCACGGCGCGCAUGGAUUAGCUCCUCAAGAUGGAUCAAAUUUGGAACGAUUCUCUCCCAGCCCUUCUGCUAGGAAGGCUUCGCGUCGAUUGUCCGGCGACAAUGAUUCGGCAAGUUCCUCGUUAUCUCCUGUUGCGCCAGCGACACCCACUGCCACGGGAAUGGAAUUGGAUGAGAAAGACGAGGCACUCGACGAUGACUCGAGUGCUGAUGAACACCAACCGCUUCCCGCGCCCGCCAUUCCCCAUCUACAGACCUUUGGCCAUGAUCCUUCUACGUUCCCGGAUCCCACCGUGUAUGAUAUCAGGAUCGUCACCGACGACAUGGAUGAAGAGACGAAGAAGGAGAUAUACUCGGUAUCUACAUAUCCCAAAUCCAAUCUGGAGGAUCUAAUCCCUGGAUCUCCGCCGGACAAAGAUUUUAGUAACGCCAAACCUACGAAUCAAGUCCAAGCGAAUACUUUUGCGACAUACAUUGAGCCGUAUUUUCGCGCAUACACGGAAGAAGAUCUCGCUUUCCUCCGCGAGAGAGCGGAUCGAUACAACUCGAUGCAGAUGCCGUCUAGAGGAGCAGAGCAUUAUACCGAUAAGUGGGCGAGGGAGGACGCUGGGAACAUGAUGAUCGAUCCGCGGCAUAAUCGCGAUACCUUACCAGCAAACAGAGCUCGCGGUGAUUUUGAAAGUAUAGACGAUGUGUCAGCAGAGACGGACUCCAUUUCAGCUGGGCCGCUUCUUUCAAGGCUUUUAGCAGUGCUACGUCCUGAACACAGGGCUCCAGCCGCAGAAGAGAAGCCAACCGUCAAUGGGCUAACCAACGGCGAGGCCAAUGUCAACGGCGAGUCGAACGGGGACUUUGGUGAUAUUAUGCAAUCUUCAAGCGACGUCCCAGCGCCUAUGCCUGCAGCUACAUACAUGACGGAAUCGUCCUCUGAAUCCUGGAAGAAAACCGUGCAUCCCAAGUUGGAUCAUUCACAGGUCGACGAAAGGAUCAAGCAAGAGCUACGGCACAUUGGUAUACUUUCGCCUGAAAUCGAGCCUGAAUACGAUCAUCACGAGGAUGAUGAGAUUGCGGUCCGUCUUCGGUCUUUACAAGCCGAACUGAGGCAGCAGGCAGUGAUGAAUGGGGCGCGAAAAGCUCGCCUGCAGGAAUUGGUCAAAGAGAGAAUGGCUCAUCAGGAGUACACCACUAUUCUUGAGGAUCUUGACGGCCAAGUACAAACAGCAUAUCUCAAACGGACACGUACUAUGGGCAAGAACAAAAAGACCAAGAGGCCAGGCGGUGCUGGUGGUGGUAGUCACUUUGUUGGCAGUGGUGGAGCGAAUGGAAUGGCCCGACCUGGAAUUGGUGAUUUAACCAAGACGGUUAUGGAGAGAAGAAAGAAAUGGAUUGAAGGUGUCGGUCCCGUGUUUGACGAUGAGCGGAGCACAGUCAAAGUUCCCAGGGCCUCGAAUCCUGGGAGCUCUAUCAUGAAACCGGAGGAUAUGGCCGAAUACAUCAAGAGGGAAAAGGAGAGCUGGGAAGAAGACGCCGAAGACGAUUAA